CCCGGAAAUGGUGACAGAGCGAGCUACCGCGCACCCAGGGACACACCUGACAUAGUUCAACUAACGUUACGUCGUAUUUGGAAAAUGUUCUGCGUCGUAGCCAAAAGUGAUGAUUUUCAACGGAUUAGAGAACCGAAGGAAUGGCGAAAACACAGAAGGUAUCGACUGGGAGUGUAAGAUGCUUCUUCCUAGUCGUGGUCUCGGCAGCGGCGCUUGGAUACUUGCUGCUGUAUUCUGUACAGGAACCAUCCCAGAUAAGCAUCAAGGAAGUUGUUCCAAAAAUAAGAAAUGAACAGGCAACAUCUUCUCAUCUCAACCAAGUUUCAAAAUCAACAAAAUAUUCUUUGACACAAAACAAUGAGCAAAAAUUAGUUUCGUCCACGAACGGAACUCACAACCCCAAAACGUUUCUUUCGUCAAAACCGACGAAUCAAUCCACAACAACUCCCAUUCCUCUUACCAAAACACCGAAUAAAAGUGUAUUGACAGCAACAGCUUACGCCAAACAACUGCAAUUUUCUCUAGAGUCAAACUCUCAUGUGGACUUUUCGGUAGGCGACACCAUACGCGUAGUUUUCUCUGCCAAAGAUCAACAAAACAAUGCGAUUAUCACAAACAUUGGCGACUAUUUCCGAGCAUCAAUCUCAACACUUCAGAACAAGUCCGGCGCAGUUGGGAUCAUCACCGACCACCAAAACGGCACCUACACGGCAACCUUCCGACUGUUGUGGGAGGGACAGGUCAAGAUCAAGGUCCAGCUUGUCCUUCCGCGCCAGGCUAUAGACGUCAUAGAAAGAACAAUCAGAGAACAUCCUUUCGACAAGGUCACGUUUCGAAGGCGAUAUCUCGUCGGUAGAGUCUCAGUAGAUACAAGAUGUAACAUAGACCCGGUCGUCUUCAACGGCACCAGGCCAGUUUGUGACUACUCCGACCCACAUGCGGGUGGGAGGUGGUACUGUGAGAAGGCCGCUAACAUUUCCUGCGAGGAGCCUGGGUACCAUAGUUAUAUUCUUGGUGGCGGAGCCAAGAACGUGCUGAGGCCAGGGGAAGAGAAGCUAGUUGGGAGAACACAGAGACUGGAUAUAUCUGGAUCACCAUCUACUAUCACCGUUGCCAAUGGACUGGAUAUUUUGGCCGAACGCAAGCGUUGCCUACCAGGGCUUGUGACUCCACAGAUCAACGGGUUUUAUCAACAAGGUGUUUGGAACUCUCUGGUCUGCCACAACAGACACUUCUGCAACCAAUUAGAGUGGAGGUCAUGUCUGAGGGGCAAAAACUUACAUUUCUUUGGAGACUCAACCAUACGACAAUGGUACGAACAAUUCGUUAAGAUAUUAGAAAUUAAUGAUACUAUGCUUCCAGAGGCAACCCAUCAGACUGGCCCCUUGUUUGCUGAAGACCCCGUGAACAACAUAACAUUAAGAUACCGCACGCAUGGACCUCCCAUUCGGACAGGCCCUACCAGAAACACCAACAUCAAGUACAUCGCAAAUGCCAUUGAUGAAAUCAAGGGAGGACCAGAUGACGUGGUUGGUCUCACCAUCUGGUCUCACCUCACCGCCAACCCGGUGGAGUUGUACAGGGAGAGGCUGGAGGCCAUCCGAGCUGCCAUCCAACGGCUUCAGCAGAGGAGCCCGAGGACCAUGGUGGUCAUCAAGUCUGCCAACACGUUCAUUGGUGGUGAGGUUAACGGCGGAGACUGGCUGGCGUACAGAUUCGAUCAGGUCAUGAGAGAGCUGUUUGAGGGGAUGGAUGUGGUACUGGUGGAUGCAUGGGAGAUGACAAGCGCACAACAGUGGCACAAGGACGCCAUCCACCCUACAAGUGACAUCAUCGUACAAGAAGUUGAAUUUCUGUGUUCUUUCAUUUGUCCACUGUAAACUCGUGCCAACACCCUGUUCUGUUGGUUUCUGAUGAAGCAAACAAAUAACAUGGAUGUUCAUUAGAACUUUUCCUAUUCUAGCUGCCCAUCCAGGACAGUAGUCAUUCAUCUUGAGCAAUAAGAAAACGUUACGAUACCACUACUACCCUGAGAUCUACUAGGAAAUUAAGUAAUACAUCUAUGGGACUGUUUUUUGAAAGAACAAAACCUGUGGAGUAGGGAGUGCAUGCUGUUGCUCAAUCACUCAUUAUAGACUUAGAUAAUAAACUAGAAAGGCCGACAUUUGCUUGAGAGCAAAUGCAGCAUAUUUCAGCCAUCUCCCUCCCCAUGCAACAACAGACUAUU